AUGAAUUUCCUGAUCAAAAAAGGUGAAAGAGAAGGAGUUAAUGAAGAUAUUAGGCUUGAAAAAAGGUUUAGGGUCUCUGCGGCUGAAAGUGGCGAUAAAUCUGUCAGUAAUACCACUGUAUACAAAAAGGACAUUCAAACUUCACUAUCUUUCACUGCAAAAGAUAAUCCAACACAAGCCUCACAGAUGGAGAGUCAGCACUAUUUCAUUAGCAGUCAUGCUGAAUGCUCUGAGUCUGGACAGGUAAUCAGUUUUGAAAAGUCUGCAGUUCAUUUCAGUAAGAAGACCAAGCCUGAAGUAGUUGAGGCUUUAACACAAGUUAUUGGUGUUAAAAUUAUGAGUUUUAAGGAGAAGUAUUUAGGAUCACCAUUAAUUCUUGGACAUUCAAAAAAAGAAUCUUUCAAGUCCAUAAAAGAAAAUUUUGAGCACAGAUUUUCUGCAUGGUCAAAAUCUUCUCUUUCACAAGCAGGAAGGGGAACAAUGAUAAAACAUGUUCUCAACUCUGUCCCAGUAUAUCAAAUGGGUACUUUUAAGCUUCCAAAUAAUCUCAUUCAGCAGUUAACUUUUAUUGAGAGGAAAUUUUUCUGGGUUUAUAACAACAACAUGGGUUCUAAUUCUAUAGCAUGGGUCAAUAUUCGUAAGCCUAAAAAAGUUGGUGGCUUAGCUUUCAGAGAUCUAGAGAAACUCAAUUUGGCUCUCCUCACAAAAAUUACAUGGAGAAUAUGUAUUGAAUCAAGCAGUCUGAUGUCUCAAGUAUUGGGUAGUAAAUACUUUAAAGGUCGUGAGUUAAUUCAUCAAAAUAUCUCAGCAAAAAAUUGUUCUUAUACUUGGAAUGGAAUUACAAAAGGAUUAAAUAUUGUAAAGGAUAACUACUUCAUGGAGAUUAACAUGGCAGGAAAAUCAAAAUCUGGAAAGAUAGAUGGAUACCUAUGUCAAAACAUGGAACAUAUUAUCUUUGAUUGCAAACAUGCUAUAGCAGUUUGGAGGGGUAUAAAUAUAAAUAUUGAUGUUGUUUCAGAAGACUGCAAUUCUGUGUCUGAAUGGGUAAUUAGCUGCCUUUCAUUACCUUUACAACAAUCGACGGUGUACGCUAUCGAUCCACAUGCAAAUCGAUCCGUAUGA